AUGAAGAUUCUACUGAUCCUCGCUGUAAUCCUCUGUGUUGCUUCGUCCAUCAGAGCUGCAACAGGUUCGGAUGCCGAUGUUGCUGCUGUUCCUGAAGCACGUUUUAGUUUCUGCCUUGAUGGUUGGCUUAGUUUCCAUGGUAACUGCUACUACUUAGGCAACCACGUUGAUACCUGGAAAGACGCAGAGAGGUUCUGUGCGAGCUACGAUGGCAGUCUGGCCUCAGUCCACAACAUCUGGGAGUAUAAUUUCCUCCAGCGAAUGGUCAAGACUGGGGGUCACACUCUAGCCUGGAUUGGAGGAUACUACUUUGAGGAUGACUGGAGAUGGGAAGAUGGCUCAGUGUUUAACUAUCACAACUGGGAAACAGGGAGCUCCACUAACAUUUACCAGUGCCUCCAGCUCAACUCUCAGGAGUCCAAGGGCUGGUCCAAUCAUGGCUGCAGCAUGCGCUUCCCAUUCGUCUGUCAGGUGAAACCAAACUGCUAGUUUUCACAGUGUCUGCAGCGCCACCACUGACUGCUACAAAAGGUUCCCUAAUGCUGCUGCUUGUUCUUUAUAACCC